AUGGACGAACAAAAUGAUUUAAAAAUUCAGAUUUUGAAUGAAGAAUUAAUAGAUGAAAGUAAAAUUAUAGAAAAAAAUAAUAUAAUAAAAGAAGAAAAUUCAUUAAAUAGAAAUGAUAAAUCUAAUAAUUCUGAUUUAACAAGUAAGGAAAAUUUAAAAGAAUUGAUAUGUAAAAAAGAAAUAGAAUGUUUAGAAAGUACUAAAAAAGAUAACUUUCAUAGUGAAAUAGAUUUAAAUAAAAAAGACGAAAAUAAUGUUAUUUUAAAUAAUCAUUAUUUAGAAAAAAAUAGUAUAAAUGAUUCAAAUAACAAAAACAAAGAUGAUGAUAAUGAUAUUAAUAAUGUAAGCACUAGUGAAAAUUAUAAUAAUAAUUUAAAUUACAUAGGUUCUAUAAGUUUUGAUCAAAAUAAAGGUGAUUCGAAUAUGGAUAUAUCACGUUAUUAUAAUAAAGAGAAUAUUGAUAUUAAUCAAGAGAAAAAUCAUAAAACUUCUCUUUUUUUAGAAAAAAAUACAAGUAAUAUAAAUAACUUAUAUAAUUUUAAUGAUUCAAAUCAUUUAUACAAUAUAAAAAAAUUAAGUGGAGAAAAUGAUAUACAAAAUUUAAGCUCUAUGAAUGAGAAAUACAAUGAUGAUAAUAAAACAGUCGUAAAUGAAUCAAAUAAUGUAAAUAUUGAGAAUGAUGAAAAUGCUCAGAAUUCAAACGAAUAUGAUAUGGAUGAUAAAAAAAAAACUAACAAAUAUUAUUUAGAAAUUAAGGAUGAUAAUAAUAAGGAAGAGGUUAUAGAUAAAGAAAAAAUUAAUAAAAAUAUUGAUAAUCAUCACAUGAGUGAUUAUUCUAGAAAUACAAAAAAAGAAAAAGAAAGUAUUUGUGUAGAAAAUACAGAAUUUAAUAAUAGCAUUAAUGGAUAUAAUAAUAUAUAUAAUAAAAUAAACUUAUCAAAUAAAAAAGAAGAAAAUCUGAAGAGUAAAAAAAAGAGUAAUAAUGAAUCUAAAGAUGAAGUUUUUUUUACUUCAACUAAUAUGAGAAAUUACAAAAAUGGUUUAGAAAACUGUAGUGAAUUAAAUAAUUUUACAAAAAAAAGAGCUCAAAUGGAAAUAUUCUUACAUAACCAAAUUAAUUGUUACGAUAUGUUAUUAGAAAUUCAUAAAAGAAUUCCUCUCUGGGGAGAAUAUGAAGCAAACUUUUUUUUCCAUUGGAGAAAGAUCAUGACAUUAAAUAAUGAAGAAUUAAAAAUAUAUAUAUUGAUAUUUAGAUCAUUAAGUAUAGAAACUAUAAAGCAUCUAGAUUUUUAUAUUUUAAAAAUAAUUAUAGGAGAAUUGGAUGAAUUAAGAAAAGUUCAUGAACCGAAUUAUAAUCCUUUUAUAUUUACAGAAGAUUAUAUAAAAAAUUAUGAUUUAACUUUUCAAAAAAGUUCUGAUAUUUAUGUUAAUAUGAAUGAAUUUAUGCAACCAUGGUAUGUGAGGAAUAAUAAUAAAUCCUUGGAUAUCAAGAAAUUUUUAAAUUCAUUAGAUAUUUUAGAAAAUCAAAAACAAAGAUCUUACAUUAUUCAAGCAAUGGAAAUACCUUCACAUAUUUUCGAGAUGUGCAAUGGAACAAAUAAAGAAGAAAAAACGGAAAAAAUAGAAAAAACAGAUGUACAACCUGAAAUAAACAAAACUUCAAAAAAAGUCAAAAAAGACAAUGCAAAAAAAAGAGAAAAUAAUAAAAUAAAAAAUUUAAAAUCAUCAAUAAAUUCAAGACCAAAAAAAAGAACAGGUUAUUAUGCUCUUGAGAUUGAUGGUGUUAUUGCAUCAUUUGAAGCAAGAAAAGGAGUUUAUUACGAUAAAUCAAGAAAAUUGUGGAGAGCAAACUGGAAGGAAAAUGGCAAAAUACAAACUAAAGGAUUUUCAGUUAAUGAAUAUAAAUCCGUUCAGUUAGCUAGACAAAAAGCAAUUGAAUGGAGAGAAAAAAAAGAAGCUGAACUUUUAUUAUGA